AUGUUAGAUCCUACAGCCACAUCUCAAGCUGCUCGUCUCAACAUCGUUAAUUUGUCUUAUAAAGUUAAGGAAACCCAAGGGGCGUGGUAUGAGGGUUUGUGUUUUCGACCCACCGUAGAGAAAACUGUUCUGAAGAAUAUCGACAUGAGUUUAAAUAGUGGAGAGGUCACCGCUAUUAUUGGAAGCUCUGGAUCCGGCAAAACUUCACUGUUAGACGUAGUAUCACAAAGAUGUGACGGUCAGGUGAUGGGGGAUAUCUAUUUUAAAAAUUAUAGAUGUGACCAGAACCUGAUGAAGAGUUGUACUAGCUACGUCAUGCAGGCUGACCGACUCUUCUCACAUCUUACAGUCAGAGAAUCUCUUAGAUAUACAGCUAAUUUCUGUCUGCCCAGGAAAAUGUCCAGAACUGCUCGAGAGAAGAAGGUUGAUAAAGUCAUACUAGAGAUGGGACUGAUAAAAGUUGCCGACUCGUUGAUAGGUGGCGCUGUAAUACGAGGCCUGUCAGGGGGAGAGAAGAGACGAGUAUCAAUAGCUGUACAACUUCUUAAAGAUCCAGAAAUUUUAAUCCUGGACGAACCAACAACUGGACUAGAUAGUUUUACAGCUCGAUAUCUGACUAAAAAUAUCAACGAUAUCUCUCGAGCAGGGAAACUAGUUCUAAUGACAAUUCAUCAACCGCGUUCAGAUAUCUUCCAGUAUUUCGAUCAGGUUGCCAUCCUGUGUCAGGGGGAGCUGGUGUAUUUUGGACGAGCUGAUGAACUGGUCCCCCAUUUUACAAGGCUGAACUUCCCCUGUCCUGCUUAUGCCAACCCGCUAGAUAACUACAUUGAUGUAUGUAGUAUCGAUAGACGAACAAAGAAGAUAGAAGAAGACACCAAGACUCGGAUACAGGAUCUAAUCAUGGCCUAUCGUGAUUCUCCCCAACACGACGCCAUGGUGGCUUCCAUGAACGACAGUCAGAAAGUCCCUAAAUAUAUCGCCUUCCCUGCUUCUAAAGAACGUCAGAAUCCCGGCACCCUUCGAACCAUCUGGACCAUGUACAAACGAAUGAAUCUAAACUUGUAUCGCGACAAACCCAACUUUAAAACGAGAAUAUUUGGAGGGUUUUCAAUGAUUUGUCUGGCAGUAAUUCUGAUCGGUUCUCUGGAGAAUAAUCAGCGAGGUAUACAGAACAGAACUGGUCUGAUUUACCAGAUAAUUACUUGUGCUCAUAUGGAGGGUUUCCUACUCAAUAUAUUCUUAUUUCCAGCAAUGAGAGAUAUAAGUUAUCGAGAAACUCGUGAUGGGUUUUAUAAAAGUUGGCAUUUUUUAUUGGCCUAUAUCUUACAUACCCUACCAUUUCAUAUCAUCAGUUUAACAUUAGCUGGUGUUCUAGCUUAUUGGGCCUGUGGUCUGUAUUCAGAUUUCGGGUAUUUUGCUCAGUUUGUCGGGGUGAAUUUGUUGAUAUGUUUCGCUGUCGAGGCCUUGGUGCUGAUAGCGUUAAGAUUGGUCUAUGAUUUUAACUUGGUAAACAUGGGGAUGACAUUGGGUAUAGCUUUAAGUUCCAUCAUUUCUAGCGGACUACUCAGGUAUAAUGAGUUACCAGAUUCCUUGAGUUGGAUAGCUUAUAUCACUCCAGUAAAAUACGGUGUAGAGAGAAUAGUGUAUAAUGAAUAUACUAAUAUUAAUAUAACUUGUGAUAGUGGUAAGUUUAUUACCAUUGGGGUGGGGUGGAGCUUGCCCUCGAUCCUUAACAAAUAG